CCAACUUUUUCUUAACAAUCAAGCGACUUUUUAAGUUAUUUAAAGAAAAAAAAACUCUUUUAUAACCAUACUUCUAAAUAAUUGACAGUUAUGCGGGGCAAAUUCAAAGGCCCUCGCCGAGGAGGUGCGCCUAGAGGAAGAGGUGGAAAACCAAGGGGGAAACGAUCUUUUGGUGCCCCUAGAUUCGAUAGCGCGCGAGUUGCAGAUAUUGAAAAUGUGGAAGAUCAAGAGUCUGAGGAAGAACAAAUUCCAUCCGAGGAAGAAAUCGAUGAUGACGGCUCUGGCUCGGAAAGCGAAAAGGAGAAAGCUACUAGCAAGCCGUAUUUUGCUUUAAUGGAGAGCUUGUCAAAAGAUCAAUCUGCCCCUCGUGCCAAAAGGAGGAAGCUUGACCACCAGCCUGAAAAGGCUAAGUCGGGUUCGAAGCCCGAGCGAGAAGUUGAUUCAGUCGAUGAGGAUGAGGAUCGGGAUGUUGACCAUGUGGAAGAGGUUGAGGAGGGACCUGAGGAUGAGGUUGAGGCGGAUGAUGAUGAUAAUGACAUUCCUGAUUCAUCUGAUCCAUUUGAGGCUCACUUCGUUGAACUGGACCAAGGCGAAGUGAAAAGGCGCCUCAAAGCGAUUCAAGCCAACGAUUACUCGCAAUCACACAUCGAGCAGAAUGGUUGGAGGCUGAUAAGAAAUUUCCCUGGAAAAGAUCCAGCUCAAUCAUCGCUUCUUCCAACCCCUAUAUCUGGACCAUCAAGUUUGAAGCUCAAACAGAGACUUGUUGAGACAACUAGUCGGAAACGGUCAACAUUUACCAAAUUAGAGCAAGUCCUAUACCCGUUGACUUUCGCUUAUAAUGAUCUUCUAUUCUGUGGGCGAACUCCAAAAAAUGCCGAAGAUCUGCGACGAAUGGCGUGUCUCCAUAGUGUGAAUCAUGUUUUUAAGACUCGAGACCGAGUCAUCAAAAACAACGCCAAACUUGCCAAGGAGGGUGAAAAUAAUGACUUCGAACCUAGGGACCAGGGAUUCACACGGCCGAAAGUUUUGAUGCUAUUGCCGACACGCAAUUCGGCUGUAAAAAUGGUCAACACCAUCUGUUCCCUAUGCGAACCUGAGCAACAAGAGAAUAGGAAACGAUUUGAUGACUCGUACCUCGACAAGGAGUCCACAUUCUCCUCAGACCGUCCCGAAGACUUUCGGGAGUUAUUCGAGGGUAACGACGACGAUAUGUUCCGUAUCGGCGUCAAAUUCACACGCAAGACUAUCAAAUACUUCUCACAGUUCUAUAACUCCGACAUCCUAAUUGCCUCCCCCCUAGGUUUGCGUAUGGCCAUUGGGUCCGAAGAGGACAAAAAACAAAAAGGCAAGGUAGACUUCGAUUUCCUCAGUUCGAUCGAAGUUGUCAUUGUUGACCAGGCGGACGCCCUACUUAUGCAAAACUGGGAGCACGUCGAAUUCGUCUUAGAGCAUCUAAACCGCCAACCGCGCGAAGCACAUGAUUGCGAUUUUGGCCGUGUACGUGAGUGGUAUCUCGACGGGCACGCUGCCAACUUCCGCCAGACUCUUGUUUUCUCCGCAUUCAACACACCUGAGCUUGCGGAACUACAUCGUCGGCACUGUACAAAUUGGGCUGGCCGCAUACGUGUGCAACCCGAAUCGUACACUGGUGCUAUCGAAGAUCUCGGCGGUACUAAGGCAAGACAGACGUUCUCCCGCUUCGAAGCGGCUUCCGUGGCGGCGGAGCCUGAUGCACGGUUUGAGUAUUUCGUCAGCGCCAUCAUCCCGUCGCUCACAAAACGCGCAAAGGAAGCUACGGGGACGCUGAUCUUUGUGCCGUCGUAUUUGGAUUUUGUGCGCGUGCGUAAUUACUUAGCAACUAACCCCACGUGCUCGGGUUUGACGUUCGGCGCGGUGAGCGAGUAUACGGAUGUCCCCGAAGCCUCGCGGACAAGAUCGUAUUUUCUAAGCGGACGACAGCAAAUUCUGUUAUACACCGAACGAGCGCAUCAUUUUCGGAGGUAUCCAUUUAGGGGCGUGAGGAAGGUGAUUAUGUACGGGUUACCUGAUAAUCCGAUUUUUUACAAGGAGAUUGUUGGCGGGUAUUUAGGCAGGAGUGAACGGGAGUUAAAGAUCGAGCCUGAACGAGGGAGUGUGAGGGCGCUUUUCUCAAAAUAUGAUGUCCUGAAGUUGGAGAGGAUCGUUGGAUCUAAGAGGGUUGGGAAGAUGGUUAGGGAGAAGGGUGAUACGUUUGAUUUCGUAUGAUAUCCCUUCGGAUAGGAAUUUAUUCGUUAAUAUACUUAGGCACUUGUGAAUGGAUUUCCUUCUCGUUGAUGAGUUAUAGUAGUGAUACAUAUUUCGUACAACUGCCAUAUCUACUUCAUAUCUUCCUGCGUAAGUCAUGACGGCACGCAAAUCCGCCUUA